AUGGCUCGCUCAGGGAUACGUGGCUUUUUUGGCCAGCGAGGCCCCCGACGGGAGAUAGGAGAGCCAUUGCAGAAGAGCUUGGUGACGACCAAAGAGGCUGAGGACGUUUGGUGGACAGCGCCCCAAAGCAAGAGCAAAGGUCGGGAGGCGCAAGGUGCGCCGAAAACGCACAAGGUCAGACAGGUGUUUUUGCACGAGAGCGACUCGGAGAAGGUAGGGGCUAAUCACUGCGACCACGUUCGUCGCGAGCCCCAGGAUGAAGAUGCCGGAGCUUGGAGCACCGAAAUUACGGAUACGGCAGAGGAACCACUUUGGAGUCGGAUGGGAGUGUCAAAGGUUGGAGAUGCUAGUGCAUGGCUGCAACCGGACAUCCAGGAGGACACCACUACAGGGAGCCAACGAAAUGCAGAGGAGGGUGAGGAUGCAACCACCUGGACCCCGACAUUGAGCCAAGGAACGGAGGAAGAAGCAAUCACGAAUCAAAGGAUAGCAGAGGCUGACGUUUUUUGGAGCACGGAGCCGGCAAGCCAGCCUUCCAGCGAGGGAGUGCGGCGCUCGAAUCCGAAGAGAAGAGCAAAGGCCCCGACAGAGGCUGACUCAGCGCCCAAAAGAAAGGCAGCGAGCAAGGCGGAGGCGCCUCGCGCCCGGGCCAAAGAUGCCGGGAAAGCCCGCUCGAGAUCAGUGCCGGAAGAAGGCUACGACCGGGCGGCGGUGAAGCUGCGCACACCCGUGGAGGUCACGCUGGCUACAGGAAGGGCUCAAAGCAAGCCUCCUGGCGGCAAGGGGAAAGGAGCCGAGAGAGGCCUGUGGGCGCCAGACGCCGAAAGGCCCAAGGUGCAGGCCGCGUCAGCUUGGGAGCAGGCGUCAUCCACCUUGCGACCAGAGCGACCAGAGCGACCAGAGCGACCAGAGCGACCAGAGCGACCAGAGCGACCAGAGCGACCAGAGCGACCAGAGCGACCAGAGCGACCAGAGCGACCAGAGCGAGGAGCGCAGAUGGAGUCCGGAGGUUCCCUCCCCUCGCGGCCUCGAUCGAAAUGGCGAGCCAUCGGCAAGGUGCAGUCGGGGGAGCUGGUCCAGGGUAGGGUGACCUGCUUCGCAGAGGAGGGUGUUAUGAUCGACUUCGGUUGCAUGGUUCAGGGCCUGCUUCCGCACUCAGAGAUCGAUUUUCCGGCAUUUCCUGGAGACCUGUUGGUAUCUCUGAUCGUCGAAUCUGUCAAUGUCAAGGAGGAGCGUAUCCUUUUGCACCUCCAUGACAACGGCUGGGAGGCUGAGCUUUUGAGGAAGGGCAACGAGGAGCCUGGCCUCGCGAGGGGGAACUCCAGGAGACGUGGAGGCACCCCGGCUCCGAGACAGAGAGCCGUGUCUCCUGAUCUGAGGAGGGACUUCCCCGAGCCGGACGAGGUGCCGAGGCUCACGCGCUCGGAGAUGCGGGGAGGGAUCAACCGCAUCAAAGUUGCACAUUCGGAUCUACCGCCAUUUGGGAGCUGUGGCAAUCCGAGGCCGACUGCUCCACGGCCCAAUCGGUUUCAGAAGCGGCGCAAAAACAAAGAGGCGGACAGCAGUGGUGCGGAGGACAAGCUUGUGGAGAACUUGCUGCCGGAGAUCCGUAAGGCACGGCGUCAGCAGAACAAAUGA